GUUUGGAUUGGGUUAAAAAAAAUCGUUUCCCAUUGUUUUUAAAAAGUGAAAUAUAUGCUGAUUAUAAGCUUUCAAAGUUAUUAUCAGAGUCACAAGUUGCUUUUUUAAACAAGCUGCUAAGCGAUGGAUACACAGCUUGUGAAGAUGGACUUAGCUAUUGUUCAAGCCCAUCAGAGAGAUCAGCUAUAUCGUGUGCUGAUACAAACUCUUACUGAUGAGACUGCGUCACUAACAAUACCAUCAUAUGUAGAUGGUAAAGAUAUUAGUAAUUUACCCAAGUGGCAACAGAAGUUGUAUGUAAACUCACUAAGUGAAGGGAUAACACAAAAUGAAUCCGAAGUAUUUGAUGGUAAGAAAGUUGAAGAAUGCAACCAAGAUGGUAAUAGUAAAAUCGAAAAUGUUAGACAAAUAAAACCUGACGUGAGGAAGUAUGUAGAUGAGACAAUAGAUAGCUGGAAAAAGAAAUACUGUAUUAAACCACAUUUCGCCAGGCAACAUUCAGAUUUAGGUUUUGUCGAAGAAGUAGAUGAAGAAAAAGAUUCCGAAUAUGAUGAAGAAGAGGAUGGAGAGUAUAAUGGAGAGUAUAAUGAACAUUAUGGUGGACAAUUCGAUGAAGACAAUAAGCCGCUUGAAUCUUCUAGUGGCAUUAGACUUGACAAUAAUGAAAUAGUAGUUGAAGCAACACCAUCCAACAUUGCCAGCUGUGACAUUUCCGUUCAAAUUAAUGACAACUGCUUUUUUUUUCCUGACGACAAUCUAAAUCCUUUGAUAUAUGAAACUAAUCGAGGCUUUAGUGCAGAAAAGAUUGAGUACUUUAUGAAUAAAUUAACUUAUAGGAGAUCAGUGGAAGAUGUAAAAUCUUGUAUGACAGAACAACAGGGUGAAGUGUUGAGUGAUUGUGAUGAUGCACAUAUCACUGAAAUAUUGCUGGCUGUAGAUCAGCGUCACAACACUCAAUAUGAAAAAAAGAUAUCUGAUGAAUUAUCUGCAAGUAUUUUUAAAUAUCCCUUGUGUUUUCCUCUAAAUUUAUCAUGUAAGCAAGGCUUGGAUGCGUUUAAAGAAUUUUUAUUUGGAACACCUGGCGAAAAGAAUUUGUUGCUUUGGUUAGAUGUUGAAAGAGCAAGACAUUUAGAUCAAGUAGAGAGAGAAAGAAUGUUGAGAAAUUUGAAAGAUCGAUUUAUACGUUCUGGAGCACCUUAUGAAGUCCCUACUGCGAUUCGAAAAAGUUGGGGACUUACUGAUGUUACAGAGAUUAGUAUGGAGAGGUUGAUUUUCAUAAGAAAAAAAAUUGUUGAUCCACUUUUGAAAUACUGGUGUCCACGCUUCACAUAUCAUCAAUAUCAAGAAAAGAAGAAAUAUUAUAAUGAGUUGUGUUAUCAUGAACGAAUGCGACGUGAGUCACGUGACAGGCUUGCUCAAAGACCGAUGUCAUGCGUAAAUCACUUGAAAACUGAAAGCAAGAUCAGUUUAAAUGGUUCCUUUACUGAUUCGGAUUCUGGAAUAUUCUGUACAGAUCAAGUGGAAAGAUUGGAUAGCGGUAUCACAAGAAAGAUGCUGCGCGUAAAAUCUGCUUACCCUCGUCUGAUGUCAGCAAAAUCAACCCAUCAAACAAACGCUGGUAGCGAGCAGUUACAACUUGUAUCAAGUUUUCAUGACGGAGGUUUCGGAUUCAAACCACCCGUGCCGAAGUAUUUUCAUAAUGAUGCUUCAAAUUAUGACCACAAGAGUAAUUUUCGUCUUUAUAUACAACCUAUUCCAACAUUUAGUUCGACAGCAUCGAAUAUAAAAAGCACACCAAAUUUUAAAGAGGACGAAGAUCUAAACGGAAGUACAGAAUACGAUAAAAAAAUGGAUUUUCUUGUAGAUGUUUUGUUACAUGAGAAACACACUGGCAAUUAUUUCCUGAAAUAUCUGGAACAGCAAAAUGUGAAACUUUGGCUUGACUGUUAUAUGUUUUGGCAUGCGUUGCAGGAGUAUACUGAGCACUUUUUCGCAGAUGUUUUUACUCCUCUCUGUGUGAAAAGAAAAGCUAAUUAUAUUUACACGGCGUAUGUGACAUCAAAAAGCGAACAUGAUUUGCAGUGUUCUGUGGAUGUUCAAACAAAGAUAUUUAAACAGUUGGAUCCGCCAUACGAAGAUUUGUUUGAUUGUGUUGAACAACGAGCGCUAGAUAUCCUUAUUCAACCGUGCUUACAGUUAAGCAUCAAAGAGAGGCUAAACUAUAAGCAGUUGAAACCAGAAGAGGAGUUAAAGUACAUCGAAGUAAAUAAAAAAUGGCGUUACGAGGAUAACUCGACGUCAGACGAACUUGUUGAUGCCAGUGUCACAAGUUGUGAUGAGGAGGAGGACAAAAUAUCCCCUAAUGAAGUCGACACUCCAUUUCCUAGCUCUCAAGAUGGUGUUGACUUUGAAGGCCUGCUAAAAAAUAAAACCGAGCUCGAAUAUUUUCAAUCUUUUUUGGAAUCCAGGCAUAGACAAGGUAUCAUUGAUUUAACAGCGUGGACGGACAUGGAGUUGUUCAGACGCUUGCCACAACCGACUACCGCCAAAGAACAAGAAGAACGAGAUAGAUUAUGUAUCGAAAUUCGCGAGAAGUGGUUGAACAAAAGUUAUUUUUUCGGUAGCAAUUCACCAGCUUCAAAAGAAGCUAUAAAACAGAUUUUAGAGCUCGCAGGUGGUGUAAAGGUUCUCCCUUCCCGUCCAAGUAGUCCAGUUAUUCUUGAAACUCAAAAAUACGCGCGCGUUCGUGUUGAACGAAGAUGGAUGAAGUUGUACAAAGAAACGAAGGAGUAUAAAGAAAGAAAGAAAAAGAAAAGUUGUGUCGCUGAACUUGUUGAAGAUUUAGUUAUGAAGAAAAAAUUACAACGCAGUGAACAAGCAUGGAGAGUGAGUGUAGUUCUCCUUAAUUAA